UCCCGUGUCGCCCCGGCCAUGCCUGAGCCAGCCAAGUCCGCCCCGGCCCCGAAGAAGGGCUCGAAGAAGGCGGUGACCAAGGCGCAGAAGAAGGACGGCAAGAAGCGCAAGCGCAGCCGCAAGGAGAGCUACUCGGUGUACGUGUACAAGGUGCUGAAGCAGGUGCACCCCGACACCGGCAUCUCGUCCAAGGCCAUGGGCAUCAUGAACUCGUUCGUCAACGACAUCUUCGAGCGCAUCGCGGGCGAGGCGUCGCGCCUGGCGCAUUACAACAAGCGCUCGACCAUCACGUCCCGGGAGAUCCAGACGGCCGUGCGCCUGCUGCUGCCCGGGGAGCUGGCCAAGCACGCCGUGUCCGAGGGCACCAAGGCCGUCACCAAGUACACCAGCUCCAAGUAAACGCGCUUUUCCCAGGAAGAUCGGAUUCUCCAGACCCAUGCCCCAAAGGCUCUUUUUAGAGCCAUCCACGCUCUCUAAGAAAGAGCUUGUUCGCUGUUAGCCUUGCUUAAUGUAGAAUUGGGUGUUGUAUGUUCUCUUAGAAGUAAAUAACUUAUGAAAAACUGA